CUUGCACAUGGCUUCAUCCUCAGCGAAAGGGAAGGCACCAGCUAAUGGCGCUGCAAGUUCAGGCUAUGAACUACCGUGGGUGGAGAAGUAUAGGCCACAGAGCUUGGAUGAUGUGGUCGGAAAUGUUGAUACUAUUGAAAGACUGAAGGUCAUUGCAAAGGAUGGAAAUUGCCCUCAUAUUAUCAUAUCGGGUCUGCCGGGUAUCGGAAAGACAACGAGUAUACAUUGUCUAGCGCAUCAGUUACUCGGGGAUGCAUACAAAGAGGGUGUUCUCGAACUAAACGCUUCUGAUGAGAGAGGAAUCGAUGUCGUACGGAAUAAAAUAAAGGCCUUUGCACAAAAGAAGGUCACCCUUCCUCCUGGGCGGCAUAAAAUUGUGAUUUUGGACGAGGCUGACAGUAUGACUGUUGGUGCACAGCAAGCGCUGAGAAGGACGAUGGAGAUUUACUCGAACACAACUCGCUUUUGCCUGGCAUGCAAUAUGUCUAACAAAAUCAUCGAACCAAUACAGAGUCGAUGUGCCAUCCUACGAUAUGCAAAGCUCAGAGACACCGAAAUUCUGAAAAGACUGUUGGAAAUAUGCGAAAUGGAGAAGGUCGAAUACAAUGACGAUGGUCUGACUGCUCUCAUAUUCACAUGUGAAGGUGACAUGCGUCAAGCAAUCAAUAACCUUCAGUCAACGCACUCCGGUUUUGGUUUCGUGUCUGGCGACAACGUUUUCAAAGUUUGCGAUCAGCCCCAUCCUGUCAUCGUACAAAGCAUGAUCCGAUUGUGCUUGAAGGGUGAUAUUGAUGCUGCGAUGGAGAAACUAAAUGAGCUCUGGGAACAAGGAUACAGCGCUGUUGACAUUGUGGUCACAAUCUUCCGAGUAACAAAAACAUUCGAUGAACUACCCGAGUAUAUGAAGCUCGAAUUUAUCAAGGAAAUUGGCUUCACGCAUAUGCGCAUACUUGAGGGUGUAGGCACUAUUAUCCAAUUGGGCGGUUUGCUGGCCCGACUGUGUAAAAUGAAUAUGCAGCCUACAUUGUUUCAAUUGUAGUAUUCGUCGUUGCCAGCGUGUUUGCUAUAGCGUUACUGCCUGGUAGGCUUAGACCCCUCUCUCGAUCGAGUAGCUCGACUCCGUUGACAUUGAACCAUUGAAGCCUUGCCGCAGAUUCCACAUUUGAGACGCGAUAGUACGAUCGUCGGACGGCACGAAAACGUAGGGAUAAUGAUAACCAAUCAAACAUUUGACUUUUUCCGUAGGGCACAAAAUAAUUAUUUUGGGAGGAAUCUGUCGCCCAGGAUCUAUCUAGCAGUGACGAUUCAGUAUUCAGUAUUCAAUAUUCAGUAUCAUCAGCG